GACGUCAACUCUCAUUCCGCAGAGAGCGAAACAAACAUGGCGACAGAAUGGAGUGGGAAAGGGUGCACGCUAACUUUAAUACUGUUCCUCUGGAGUAGAGUCUGCGGGAGUAAAGCGGAAUCCUUGGGCAGCGACAGCCGGAUCCUCGGCAUGCGGCUGGAGAGGAGCGACAAGCCGGCCAUGACCACCGAGGACGGGAUCAUACAGGUAACCGAGGAGAGCGACAUCCAGCUCAGGUUCUAUGGGCUGCAGAUCAGCAAUGACACCUGGGCGCAGAUUAAGUUCAUGGAGCAGGGCGAGGACAGCAGCUCUGACUCCAACAGGACUUGUGCAGACUUCACCAAAGACAUCUCUGUGAGGACUAGUAUGAGUGUGAACAGCCUGGGAACGUCUGGUGUGCUGGGAGUCAAAAUCAAACCACUUAGGAAAAGUGAGUCCCAGAGGGAUUAUGGGCUGUGCAUCAGGCAGAACGGGAGGUGGUUUUCACUGGGAGAACAUGAUGGAAGGUUGCGUGUGGUGGAGGAGAAGAAGUCCAUGCUGCCCAUAUGGUUCCAGGUGAUCCUGAUCUGCUGCCUCCUGGUGCUCUCAGGUAUGUUCAGUGGGUUAAACUUGGGGCUGAUGGCUUUGGAUCCCAUGGAACUGAGAAUCGUCCAAAGCUGUGGGACGGAUAAGGAGAAGAAGUAUGCGAGGAAGAUUGAACCCAUUCGUAGGAAAGGAAACUAUCUGUUGUGUUCGCUUCUUCUGGGAAAUGUGUUGGUGAACACCACGUUAACCAUCCUACUGGAUGAUCUCAUUGGUUCAGGUUUGGGCGCUGUGGUGGCAUCAACCAUUGGCAUUGUUAUCUUUGGAGAGAUUGUUCCUCAAGCGCUCUGCUCUCGCCAUGGUUUGGCAGUAGGUGCCAACACCAUCCACGUCACUAAGUUCUUCAUGUUUCUGACUUUUCCGUUGUCUUAUCCCAUUAGCAAGCUUUUGGACUGCGUGUUGGGGCAGGAGAUUGGCACGGUGUACAAUCGGGAGAAGCUGGUGGGGAUGCUGAAGGUGACCGAGCCAUACAAUGACCUGGUGAAGGAGGAGAUGAACAUGAUUCAGGGCGCGCUGGAGCUGAGGACUAAAACUGUGGAGGACGUCAUGACUCCGCUUAAUAACUGCUUCAUGAUCAAUAGUGAUGCAGUUUUGGACUUCAACACCAUGUCGGAGAUCAUGGAGAGCGGAUACACGCGCAUUCCUGUUUAUGAGGAUGAGAGGACCAACAUUGUGGACAUCCUGUUUGUGAAGGACCUGGCCUUUGUGGAUCCUGAUGACUGCACCACUUUGAAGACCAUCACUAAGUUCUACAACCAUCCGGUUCACUUUGUGUUUCACGACACCAAGUUGGAUUCAAUGCUGGAGGAGUUUAAGAAAGGUAAAUCCCAUUUGGCGAUUGUUCAGAAAGUCAAUAAUGAGGGCGAAGGAGAUCCGUUUUAUGAGGUGCUGGGAUUGGUCACUCUGGAGGACGUCAUCGAGGAGAUCAUCAAAUGCGAAAUCCUGGACGAGUCUGACCUCUACACUGAUAACCGAAAUAGAAAGAAAGUUGCACACAAUAAGAACAAGCGAGACUUUUCUGCCUUCAAACAUGAGAGUGAGUCUAAAGUGAAGAUCUCCCCUCAGCUGCUGCUGGCUGCUCACCGCUUCCUCGCUACAGAGGUCAGUUUGUUCAGUCCGUCUCAGAUCUCUGAGAAAAUCCUGCUGCGUAUCCUCAAACACCCUGACGUGAUCCAGGAGAUCAAAUUCAACGAGAAUGACAAGAAAUCUUCACACCACUACCUGUACCUGCGUGGCAAACCCGUGGACUACUUCAUCCUCAUCCUGCAGGGCCGUGUGGAAGUGGAGGCUGGCAAUGAAAAUAUGAAGUUCGAGACGGGACCUUUCUCUUUCUAUGGUGUCAUGGCUCUCAGUGCUCCAACAUUAGUGAGUGUCUCUCGUCCUCGUCACCUGUCUCUUAAGAGAUGCUCUCUCUUCUCUCGUUUCCCAGAAUUCCGCUCUCCUUCUCACAUCAGCGGACUGAACAGAUCUGCAUCUCUGAGCUACACGGACCGUCCUGAAUCGCAAUCCGUCAGCGGCAGCAACACACAGCUCAGCAGCUCAGCUUUACCGCAGUACACACCAGACUUUAACGUGCGAGCCCUGGCAGAUCUACAGUUUGUGAAGAUCACGCGCUCUCAGUACCAAAACGGCCUGAUGGCGUCUCGUCUGGACAGCUCUCCUCAGUCUCCAGACAGCGGACACGGCCGACAAGUGGACAUGGACAACAGCACGUCGUCAGCUCCCCAUCGCACUUCCGAAAACAUGCUGACGCUCGCAGACGCCUCCGACGAGACCACCUCGCUCCUCAACGAACAGAACAGCCAACCUGCCCGCCAGGCCAACCACAACACACACAACGAGAGUGCCAUAUGACACGCUCUCACACACACACACGUCCCACACAACCACAGCACUUUUCCAGAACUUGUGUUCAUCGAAAGCCCGUUUAGCUCUAGCCAUCAUAGCUCCCGGUGUAAACAGUGCGAGUCUAUGAGGUGCAAACAAAAGAUUUAACCUGCGAGACGAAGGCACAGAGAAGCCAAAGACUGAGAAAAAGACCCCCGUUUCGGACGGACUCUUUUAUAGACUGCGCGGAUAGAGACGUUUCUAUAUAUAUAUAUACAUAUAUGAAGAUGUUUAUUUUGUCAGCUCAUUUCGUUGCUCACGGAAGCUGAACGAGGGAACUGUGGAUGCCUUUUUAUUUCAUGUUAGUCCAUAGCUAAUGCGAGUUUGUACUCUAUUCGUGUGUGUGUGUGAGUGAAAGUGAGAGUGUUUGUGAUAGAGAUACAUGGUGUGCCAUUAUGUUGUGUAUGGCAAGCGGUUUUAACAUUUAUUUUAGAAAAUUCAUACUAGUGUCGAAUGUUACUUGGACUUAUUUUUAGAUAAGAAUGAAGGGCGGUAGGAAUGAAAAUCCCCAUGAUUGAUAGUCAUUUAAAUUAGCGAUCAGUUGAUACAAUAAUAAUUAUCCUUAAAGGUUUAGUUCAUCCUUAAAUUGUUAGUAAUUACUCAUUCUCAUUGUCACGAUAAUGCAAUUUAGUACCAAUCAGUACUGAAAUCUUAAGAACGUCCAUUCCCCAAUAACGUUUAAGCGCUGUUGAGCACGUUCUUAAACCGCUCUGAUUGACCAUUGUGGUCACAUGCUCAACAGAAAAAAGCAACGUGUUCCUUUAAGCACUACUUUUUUAGCUUCUAGUGCUUCGGGUCCUAGUAGUUUUUAAAAUAUACUAGCUUUUAUUGAUUAGAUACACAGUAGUACACAUUCAUUAGAUGCCAAUACUAAAAAAUAUAUACUUACUCAUUAGAUACUAGUUAGUAUUCAUGAGUUACUGGUAGUUAAUAUUCAAUAUUAGUACUUAAUGGUUAGAUAUUAGUACCUAAUAAAUAGAUACAGUACUUAUUCAUUAUACACCAGUAUAAAUUUCAAUAGUUUCUGUUGCUGCAAACACUUGUCACUUACAUA